AUGAAAGAGAUCGUAAGGUUGGUGAAUGGCAUCAACUCUUGUUCUGGACGAGUGGAGGUUCUCUAUAAUGGAACAUGGGGAACAGUGUGUGAUGAUGGCUGGGAUCUAACAGAUGCUGCAGUGGUGUGUAGAGAGGUGGGCUGUGGGGAUGUGAUUGAAGCAAAGAGUGCUGCUUCUUUCAGCCAGGGAUCAGGAACGAUAUGGAUGGAUGAUGUACAAUGUACUGGAAAUGAAUUUACCUUGAAAAGCUGUUCAUCAAAUGGCUGGGGGAUACACAACUGUAACCAUCAACAAGAUGCUGGCGUCAUCUGCCAAUAUGUCAGGUUGGUGAAUGGAGACAACAAGUGUUCUGGACGAGCAGAGGUUCUCCGUGGCGGUCAGUGGGGAACAGUGUGUGAUGAUGACUGGGAUCUAACAGACGCUGCAGUGGUGUGUAGAGAGAUUGGCUGUGGGAAUGUGAUUGAAGCAAAGAGUGAAGCUUAUUUUGGACAAGGAUCAGGACCAAUAUGGAUGGAUGAUGUAAAUUGCGCUGGCACGGAGUCCUCACUGAUGAACUGUAGGACAAGUGGAAUAAAUGACUGUAGACAUUUUGAAGAUGCUGGAGUCAUCUGCAGCUCUGUCAGGUUGGUGAAUGGCAAUGACUCUUGUUCUGGACGAGUGGAGGUUCUCUAUAAUGAAACAUGGGGAACAGUGUGUGAUGAUGGCUGGGAUCUAACAGAUGCUGCAGUGGUGUGUAGAGAGGUGGGCUGUGGGGAUGUGAUCGAGGCAAAGAGUGAAGCAUUUUUUGGACAAGGAUCAGGACAAAUAUGGCUGGAUGAUGUACAAUGUGCUGGAAAUGAAUCCAAACUGAAAAUCUGUUCAUCAAAUGGAUGGGGAAUACACGACUGUAGCCAUCAACACGAUGCUGGAGUCAUCUGUAAACAAAUCAGGAAAAAAACAAUCAUGAGGCUUCAAUUUAAUGUUGAUCCAAAAACUGACCUAAAUAACAAAAGAAAAAAGAUGGAGAUUUUGGAAAAGAUAAGGGAGAAAUUAAAAGAUUCUGGAACCCUGCGAUGGAGGACACAGUCUAAUGGAGAAGUGUUUCAGGAAUUUAGCAAAAAGAAUAAAAAUCCUCUAUAUUGUAAGAAAAACAUGAAUGAAUGAAUGAAUGAAUGAAGCAUUUACUGUAUAUAGCGCUUUAUUGUGUAUUGCUAUACACCAAAAGUGCUUUACAAUCAUAUAGGGGGUCUCUCCUCAACCACCACCGGUAAGAAAAACAUAUAAACCCUUUGUUUGCUACCAUAUAGGUAGCACUUUAUUUUACAGUACGUGUACUUCCCUGGUACA